CGCCUCUCUUCUUCGAGUGCACCGGCGUGGGGAAGCAGUGUGACAGGAGAGAAAAGUGUCUGGAAGAUUAAUAACCGGUGCAGCCUGGUUGUCACUGAUGGGUCUGCAUCUCACUGUUUUGUGUGCCAAAGUUUUCGGGUGCUGUCAGGUGAACUACUCAAAGUCACUGUCGGAGUCACCGUCUGAGUCACAGUCGCUGUCAGAGUCGGAGUCACAGUCUCGUGCUAGCAGCCCUCGCAUCAUGGACUCUUCAUUGACUGCAGCCCAGAUCCGAGAGAAGUUCAUUGACUUCUUUCGACGCCAUGAACACCAGUAUGUCCACUCGUCCGCCACCAUCCCGCUGGACGACCCCACGCUGCUGUUUGCCAACGCCGGCAUGAACCAGUUCAAGCCCAUCUUUCUGAACACUAUUGACCCAUCGCACCCAAUGGCCAGACUGAAGCGUGCUGCCAACACCCAGAAGUGCAUCCGUGCUGGAGGCAAGCACAAUGACCUGGACGAUGUGGGGAAGGAUGUGUACCACCAUACCUUCUUUGAGAUGUUGGGCUCUUGGUCCUUUGGAGACUACUUUAAGCAACUGGCCUGUAAGAUGGCCCUGGAGCUGCUGACUCAGGAGCUCGGCAUCCCCAUCGAGCGCCUCUAUGUCACCUACUUUGGGGGCCACGCUGAGGCCGGCCUGGAGGCGGACCUGGAGUGCAAGCAGAUCUGGCUGGACCUGGGGAUGGAGGAGUGCCGUAUCCUGCCCGGCAGCAUGAAGGACAACUUCUGGGAGAUGGGCGACACUGGCCCCUGCGGCCCCUGCAGUGAGAUCCACUACGACCGCAUUGGGGGCAGAGACGCCGCCCACCUGGUCAACAUGGAUGACCCAAACGUGCUGGAGAUCUGGAACCUGGUGUUCAUCCAGUUCAAUAGGGAGUCUGAGACGGAGCUGAAGCCUCUGCCUAAGAAGAGCAUUGACACAGGCAUGGGCCUGGAGCGCCUGGUGUCCGUGCUGCAGAAUAAGAUGUCGAACUACGACACGGACCUCUUUGUGCCCUACUUCGAGGCCAUCCAGAAGGGCACUGGUGCCAGGCCAUACACGGGCAAGGUUGGUGCUGAGGACACAGAUGGCAUUGACAUGGCCUACCGUGUGCUGGCUGACCACGCCCGCACCAUCACCAUCGCCCUGUCCGACGGAGGAAGACCCGACAACACUGGCAGAGGCUACGUGCUGAGGAGGAUCCUGAGGCGUGCGGUGAGAUACUCUCACGAGAAGCUUGGAGCCCAGAAGGGCUUCUUUGCCUCCCUAGUGGACGUGGUGGUCGAGUCACUGGGAGAUGCCUUCCCAGAGCUGAAAAAGGAUCCAGACAUGGUGAAGGACAUCAUUAACGAGGAGGAGACGCAGUUCCUCAAGACGCUCAGCAGAGGGCGCCGCAUCCUGGACCGUAAGAUCCAGAGCCUGGGAGAAAGCACCACCAUCCCAGGAGACACAGCCUGGCUGCUGUACGACACCUACGGUUUCCCCCUGGACCUCACAGCCCUGAUCGCCGAGGAGAGAGGGAUGGGCGUGGACAUUGACGGCUUUGAAGAGGAGAAGAAGGCUGCUCAGCUGAAGUCCCAGGGCAAAGGGGCUGGAGAUGCGGAUCACCUCAUGCUGGACAUCUAUGCCAUCGAGGAGCUCCGCAACAAGGACACCCCCGCCACAGACGACAGCCCCAAGUACAAGUACACCUCCGACGAUGGCGGCAGCUACGACUUUGAGCAGACUGUGGCCACAGUACUGGCCCUGCGGCGUGAGCGGACGUUCGUGGACGAGGUGACCACGGGUCAGGAGUGUGGUGUGGUGCUCGACCAGACGUCCUUCUACGCCGAGCAGGGUGGUCAGACCUUCGACGAGGGAUACAUGUUGCGCGAAAAUGACUCUGCAGAGGAUAGGAUGGAGUUCACAGUGAAGAACACACAGGUGCGGGGAGGCUACGUGCUGCACGUGGGCACAGUAUAUGGCACACUGAAGGUCGGAGACCGGCUCACGCUACACGUAGAUGAGGCUCGUCGUAGGCCCAUCAUGAGUAACCACACCGCCACACACAUCCUGAACUUCGCCCUGCGGGGGGUCCUGGGUGAGGCGGACCAGCGCGGGUCCCUGGUGGCCGCCGAUCGCCUGCGCUUUGACUUCACCGCCAAAGGAGCCCUCACCACCGCCGAGGUGCGCCGCACCGAGGAGAUCGCCUGCACCAUGAUCCGAGACAACAAGCCUGUGUAUGCUAUGGAGGCUCCCCUGGCUGCAGCUAAGGCCAUCCAAGGCCUGCGUGCCGUGUUUGAUGAGACCUAUCCCGACCCAGUGCGAGUCGUGUCCAUUGGCAUCCCCGUCACUGACCUGCUCUCUGACCCCAACAGCCCUGCCGGUUCUCUCACUUCCAUUGAGUUCUGCGGUGGAACGCACCUGCAGAACUCUGGCCACGCAGGCCCCUUCAUCAUCGUGUCCGAAGAGGCCAUCGCCAAGGGAAUCCGCCGCAUCGUUGCCGUGACGGGAGCUGAGGCCCAGAAGGCCCAGAGGAAAGCAGACGCGCUCAGACAGAGCCUGUCUGCCCUGUCAGACAAAGUCAAGGCCCAGACUGCUCCUAAUAAGGACGUGCAGAAGGAGAUCGCUGACCUGACUGAGUCUCUGGGCACUGCGGUCAUCUCGCAGUGGCAGAAGGAUGAGAUGAGGGAGACUCUGAAGGGCCUGAAGAAGACCAUGGAUGACCUGGACCGCGCCAGCAAAGCCGACGUGCAGAAGAGAGUGCUGGAGAAAACGAAGGAGUUGAUUGAGAGCAGCCCCAAUCAGCCCCUGCUCGUCAUGGAGAUGGAGAGUGGAGCCUCCGCCAAGGCUCUGAACGAGUCUCUAAAACUACUGAAGAGUAACUCCCCUCAGACUGCUGCAAUGCUCUUCACUGUGGACGCCGAUGCCGGCAAGAUCAUCUGCCUCUGCCAAGUACCCAAGGAAGUGGCCGGUCGAGGCCUGAAAGCAAUGGAGUGGGUGCAGGAAGUCUGCCCCCUCAUGGACGGUAAGGGAGGCGGGAAGGACAUGUCUGCCCAGGCCACCGGUCGCAACAUCCACUGCAUGCAGGAGGCCUUGCAGCUGGCUAACGAAUUCGCCCGACUCAAACUGGGCGAAAAUUAAAGCAAAUGCCGUGAACAAGCAGCACAGGGGUUGGGUUUUAGUGGACAAGGUAAAGAGAAAGAGAGAAUAAGAGGGGGAGAUGGUGGAAUGAAUUCCAACUUAACCCAACCCCACAACCCACCUUAUUGAACUGGAGUGCUCCGCCUUUGUGCUGGGUGCUUCAGGCAGGACACUGUACAGAACCACUUCCUGACGAGCGCAGGUAGACAGGCCAGCAGUCCAUCACCCCAAUCUCCCUGCCUUCUCUCUUUCCCGAGGCUGCUGCUGCCACAGUCCCUGCCGUUAGUUGAACAGAUGUUUGUGCAUGUUUGGAUGACUUCAUCCAUCCCUAUCAUCAUCAUGAUCACUGUGUUUAAGCAGCUCUCACACUGGCCCCUGAUUGGCACAUUUCUAAAACUUUGAUUGACAGGUGCAGGGUCACCCUGCUAAGUAACCGAUCUCUUAUCUCGCUCCGCCCACCUUUUGUCUUAAUUGACGGAGGCCAAAACGUAAGCACCAUGCUAACGAUGGGACACGUUAACUGCUUUUUAGCGGUAGAAGGCUGCUCUCUCCAAUCCUUUAGACUUCUAUACAUUUUCUCUCUUUCUGUGUCUUUCUGUGGACUUUUGAGGACGUAGACGUCGGUGGACAUUGUAAUCCUGAGUCACUCAUCAAGCAGAACACAAAAGCAAAGCAUUAGCUUGCCACUAGUGGUAACAUAGUCCUCCCACCAACAUGAGCCAUACUCUCUUUUUCAUGUCGAUUCAUGUAAGGAAAACUGAAAUUAAUAAAUAAGGGAUUAUUCUAGCUUAAUGAAUUAAUAAUGUUCGUUGUUGUCCUGUGGACAACACCAUUUACUGACGACUCUGAAUGCAGGUCAGUAAAAGUGUUGGCAGGAAUUUGACAUUCUGGAAUAAAGCUACAGGUCAA